CCAAGAAAAUGAAACAAAAUAAAAGGAAAAUAGUUUGAUACUACAUUUUUAUUGUUUGUUUUUGAUCCUUCUCUGGUUAUUCCUUUUCCUUCUGUUUGGUGGGUUUCCCAAAAAGGGAAGUUGGAUUAAUGAUGGGGUUGGAGGAUGGAUUUGGCGUUUUAGACAAGGCAACCAAACAGGGUAGUAGUAGUAGUAGUAGUGAAGCUGGGGAUUUGGGUGGGGGGAAGAAGCUGCAAAGUUCUAAAUCAUUGCAGCAGAUGAUGAUGACGACGAUGAUGGGUCAUCACCGUGACAAUCUCCACCGUCCAUUUCUUGAUCCUCCACAUGAUUUUGGUUCUGGACCUUCUGGUUAUGGGGAUGGACCCACCACAUGUACCAGCAGUAGCAGCAGGCCUAAGAUCAGUAAUAUAUACGAUGUUGUUGCUACUAGUGGUUCUAGUGCUGCUGCUUCUGCUAGUGUGGGUGCAACAACUUUUGACAUUUCAGCUGCAAACUCUGAAAUUUCACACGUCACCGCCCUCAAAUCUCCAGCAGGUGGGAUGGCAGCAUCUUUGGAGUUUCCUUUUACAAGUUCUCAGUGGAAGGAACUUCAGAGACAAGCUCUGAUAUUCAAGUACAUGAUGGCCUCUUUACCUGUUCCUCCUGAUCUUCUCUUCCCUACCAUCAGGAACCCUUCUGUUGCAGCUGCUUCCCACUGUUCCCUGGGUUCUGGUUUGAAUCUGGGAUUUUCAAGCAGAGGCAUAGGGGAUCUUGAGCCAGGGAGGUGUAGGAGAACAGAUGGGAAGAAGUGGAGGUGCUCAAGAGAUGUGGCACCAGGCCAGAAAUACUGUGAGCGUCACAUGCACCGAGGACGUCCCCGUUCAAGAAAGCCUGUGGAACUUCCCAAUAAGAAGAGCCGCCAAAGCCAUACUCAAGAUCUUCCUUCGUCUCCUUCCACAUUAGUUCUUCCUAAUUCUUGCAUCACCGCCAAUGCUUCUCAAUCUCCACUUCUCGGUAGUAUUUCAGAGCCCUUUCAUCAGAUUCAAACUACAGAAUUUCCUGGUGAAUUGAGUCAGAAAUCUGCAACAUUUGGAUCCAUGGUCUCUAUCGCAUCAUACAAGGAACCCAGUCUGGACUGGAUUAUGGACAGAGAAUCUGUUUCCAUGGCUUCAUCCCACCAGCAAUUGCAACAUCUCAUACAGCAGACCAAGAUUGAACAGCCCAACAACUUCCCUCUUCUUAACCAAACUUGUAGCCAGGAACCUCUGAGUUUGAAUUCAUAUGUGGAUUUUGGAAAGGAUCAAGAAAUCAACAACUGCCAUUUGAUUCUCAACCCCGCUAUGGUUCCUAUGGGGGGAAAACCCCAUGGAAAUCCUGGAAGGAGCUUUAUUGAUGCAUGGUCUAGUGAUGGCCACAAUGCAAACCCUGGCACCAAAACAGAUGAAAAGCUCUCUCUGUCACCACUUUCUCUCUCAAUGGGAGGCAGCACCAUCAUUGAUGAUGAGAUGGUUCAUAUCCACAUGGGUUUAGGAGUGACUGACAGUGAUCAAAACCAGGAAUCUGGUGCCAAACCCCAUCUCUCAAACUGGUUAGCCCCUGCUUCUUGGACAGCUCCUACACCAGGAGGACCACUUGCGGAGGUGCUAAGGCCCAGCAAGGUGGCCCAUGCCACCACUAAAACCACUGAAACCAGCUCUAAACCAUUGUCUCCCACUGCCAAAAAUGAUGAUCCUUGUAGCCCCUCAGUGAAUGCAAUGUCUUCACCAUCUGGGGUUCUGCACAGAACCCUCGCCUCCAUGUCUGAUAGCAGUGGUAGUACCAGUCCAACACUCACCAGUUCAAGGGCAAAACCGGAGAUUAGUUUCUUGUGGUUGAGUCAAGGAAAAUCAGCAUCCUCUAAUUGAUUUCAGAAUGAGAACUACGAAGACGAUAUUUGUUUUUGUUUUCUGGUUCUUCAAAGGGUUGAUUUGGUUGUUGGACUAUGAUCUUGACUUGGCUCUGUAAUUGUGCAUUAAUUAGUAGUAGUUUUUGGGAUUUUACAGUCAUUUUAUGAACUAGAAGAGACAAAAUUUGCCUAAAUAUGUUGAUUGUGUUCACUAUUAUGUAAGAAUAUGGUAUUUUGAUUGAAAUGACCCCAAUCAAAACUUUUAUUUUCA